AGGGUGAAAGGAGGCGGAUCUAGGCCAGGAGCGCCUAUAAAAGUGGGAAGGAUGCUCCACACUUGCAGGACACACGCACGCACACACACAUUGUGCUUCAUAGCCCAACAUGAAGGGUCUCACAGCGACCAACGUGUGCCAGUGUGGCUUAUUGACUUACUUUCUUUUCUUCUCCCUCACUUCUUUCACCACAGCAGUCAACUUUGACCUCACCGAGCUUCGGGAUAAAGUGGCCAAAAUCAAAGUCAGCCCCAGAGGGAACCUGUGGGCUACAGGGCAUUUCAUGGGCAAGAAGAGUGUGAUGGACACUCCUCUGCUCUCCUCUGCUGAGGACCAAGGUGAGGGUGCAGUGGAGGUCUCCCUGCCAGGGGGCCACAGCUCCCUCAGUGAGCUUUUCCAGGACUUGCUGCGGGUGGCGAUGCAAACACAGCUGGACUUGCAAGAUAGCCGUUUGAAAACUCAGGAAGCGAACAUGCUGAUGAGGAUUUUGGAGAGCAACAUGCGGAGAAAGUGAUGCAGAGGAUGGAUCAAAGUGUACAGUCUACAGUUUAUGAUGAUUGUAAUCCACGGCGCUCAUUUUCAAGACAUUUUGUGCCAUUUGCAA